UUUCGGCUGCGCACUUCCGCUUCCGGUUCUUAGCGUCAGCGCCGGUCGGGGUUCUGCCUUCGAGCGAGCUUGGUGUGGCGUCUGCUGGUGCCAGGAGGUUCAAGGUCCCCUGAAGUCCUGAUUCUUUUGCCUCUAUCCCCGCCCUGUGUAGCUCCAGCCAGGAUGAUCGAGGUUGUUUGCAACGACCGUCUGGGGAAGAAGGUCCGCGUUAAAUGCAAUACUGAUGAUACCAUCGGGGACCUUAAGAAGCUGAUUGCAGCCCAAACUGGCACCCGUUGGAACAAGAUCGUAUUGAAGAAGUGGUACACGAUUUUUAAGGACCACGUAUCUCUGGGGGACUAUGAAAUCCAUGAUGGGAUGAACCUGGAGCUUUAUUACCAAUAGGGCAGAAUUCCUUCUCCCUGUCCUUCUCUCUUCCCCCACCCUCGCCCCCCACACUAAUAUGGAUGCUUGUGUUUGAAAACUCAUGUUAAUAAAAACUUAGAGGCUGCUUCA